GAUCUUGAUUAUCAGUAAAUACGUGUCAAAAUUUCUUCCACUGCGAAGUAUACAGUUUCCAAUUACAAACACUUAGUCUUGUGGAAAAAAAUGGAGAAAAGUGAGAUAUUUAAAAAACGAGCGGGCACAACUGACGUGGGCAAAGAAUAUGAAACCAUCACUAUAGCCAACAUCGUCUUACAAAUGGUAAGCGAUGAUAAAAUAAACAAUUUCUAUAUAUCGUCAAACGCGGACAAAUUCGGUGCAUUCGAUGAUAUAGUCGUCAAAAUUGAGUCGGAUCAAAAUACCGUUGUAAAAGCCAUGCAGUUAAAGCAUAGCGAUCGAAAAGCAUUGUCCUUGGAUCAGCUAAAACCAGUCAAAGGAGAUUUUAGUUUAAGCAAAUACUUCGAAUCGUUCCAACACCUAAAGAAUGAAGUACAAGAGUUUAUAAUAUUUACCAAUCGUUCAUUUGAUAUUACCGAUAAGACGAAGUUUCAGCUUGACGGAAAAAUAGUUAUUUAUGUUACAAGUGUUGAAAACGGUCCAUUGCAUUACGAACGGGAAUACGGCGCGAGACGCAGUCGAGCGCUGUAUGUAAGUGAGUAAUGCAAUGGAGUUUUCACACGAGUAUCAUACAAUAUUUUUUGCGCUGCCUUUUUGAAAAAAUAACAUUUUUCAAUCGCUAAAAGAAUAAAUAUUACUGAACCGAAAUUAUGUUGGUAUUGAAUUUAUUACCAAAUACGUCAAAUACCAAUCUGUCAAUUUGUCCGGGCUAGCUUUUGAAUUUCAAAGUUGAAAUGGAAAAUCGUGCACGUAUUCAGAAAAUUGCAGAUAAAGCAACUGCAAAUUUGUUGCCUGCAAAAUCCGCAGGUCCAUAUGAAGCAGAAUAUCAAAAAUUCAUCAAGUGGUGCGAAGAAAAUAAAAUACGCGAAUUUUCUGAAACGACGCUCUUGGUUUAUUUCCAAAUUAAGUCGGAAAUUAUGAAAGCCUCCACACUGUGGACAAUAUAUUCAGUUCUGAAAAGUACUCUUUGCAUCAAACAUAACAUAAAUCAUUCGAAAUUUUAUAAAUUAACAGCGUUUUUAAAGCGGCAGAAUGACACAAACCCAAGAAGUCUGAAAUACUUACCAGUGGAAACAUUUUUAUUUACGGCUCCAGAUCAGAGAGAAUCUUGUGAUUAUGAUUCAGCGUGAGGUUGCGAAUAACGUCAAGUUUAAACGGUUUUUUUAAUUAACAAGAACUACUAACAAAUAGUAAUAACAUAAUAGUUGUCAACAACAUAAACCAAACCAUCGAAUAGUGUCAACUGUCAAAUUACUACAAAUCCAAAUUUUGAUCAACAAAUUCCCCUAUUUAAGAUUACAACUUAAAUUGCGCUUUUUUAAAAUUUCGAGCCACUUUUUGUUAUAAUAACUUUAGAUACAUGAUUAUCAAUUAGUAGUAAUUACUUUGUGAUAAUCAAUUUAUUUUUUCAAAGCUUAAAUUCCUCGUUUGUAUUUUGCGGCACUAGAUCCUUUUUCAUUGCCAUUUCGACACGCCACGUGUCAACGUAAAAUGUCAAUUACAACUAUGGCAGCGCAAAAAAACUUUUAUGUUCGACCUGUUAAAGUAUGUCAUUCAUCUGGCAACUUAGAAAUUUCAAAGAACGUAGAUUAUGUUUACAAAUUUGAAAUCGUGGAAGACGCGUGGACUGCACAACAUGUUUCUGAACUUCAAGAAUACAAAGCAUUUUUUACGAAAUUUUUUCUUUACACUAAUCAAGAAAAUUUUGAUGCACUAAGACUAUCAACAAUUGAAAAGUUCAGAACAAUGUAUUCCUCAAGUGAAAAGGUUUUUGACCAAUACUACAAAAUAAUAUCGGAGUGGAAUAUGCGAAAAGGGAAAAAAGAAAAGUUGCAUAAGAAGUGGAUGCAACGUGCUAUCGCUCUGCAGCUUUUGUCACCAUAUAUUGAGCCCUUGUCUUUUGGUCAAGUUAAUGAUAAAAUGAAAAUACUUCGAGAUGCUGUGUCUACAUUCACCAUCACAAUAAUCGAGAAGAAUUUAUGUAAAAAUGCUACACAACUAUGGGGUGAUAUUGUAAAUGAAGAAAUCGAUAUUGGAGAAAUAAACAGAAUUAGGAGAAAUUAUCAACUAUCUAUUGAUAAUAUUCGUAAAAAUGAUGUGGAGAAAUUAGAUCCAAAGUUAUUGACGCAAUUGCUAUGGUUAAUGAAGAAAUGUCCAUUAAUAAUACGUGAAAAUGAAAAUCUUGAAAAAAUCAUCCGUCUUUGUGGAGAUCAAAAGUUCAUCCUGCUUAGUGAUGGAACAAACGAAAAAUGGAUGGAAAGUUAUUCGUUGUUUCGCAAACUAUCAGACCUAAGUUCGAAACGAGGGUUUUAUGAAAAAGUAAUUGAAAAUUUUACAGUCUCCAUUCAAGGAAAGGACGAGCUUAGUCUAUUGACAGCUUUCGGAAAAAAUGAAGAGUUUCCAGAAAAUGUGACAAUGUCCCAUUUAAUGGGCAUGCUAAAUGAACCACACUAUAUAGACGGAGAGAAAGAAAUACUGUCUAAACCUUAUAUCGAACGUCAAUUAUUUAAAAAUAUUAUAGACUUUAAAUAUCUAGAAAGAGUUCAAGAACACACGAUUGUCAUUCUAAAUUGCUCGAAUAACUUUGAGAAAAUAAAACACAAACUUCACAAUUAUAAAUUAGUUAAUAUUGAUAUUGUUUCAAAAGACAAAUUUGAGGACGGUGAAAACAUAAGACAAAAUGUAAUUAGCACAAAAAGUAGUUUUAACGAUAAGUUUGAUAACUCAAAUCUUUUAAAGAAAAUUUACAUAUGUAGUAGUAAAUUUACUGAAUCUAAUAUGCAAAAAAUAUAUACGGAUAAUUCAGAAAUCCACACAUUUCACUAUUUCAAAAUUGCGGAUAAUGGUCACUUAGAAUGGAUUCAAAGCAAAGGGGAUACGAGUGAAUUAGAGAAUUACAAAUUAUCUGACAAAUGUUUUGUGCACGAGAACGUACUGUGGUCUUCUCAACUAGAAAAUAACAUCAAUCUCAUCACUAGUGAUCCCGGAAUGGGUAAAUCGCAGCUAAUGAAAAAUUUCAAAAACAAAUGUCCUCCUAAUUACUGGACAGUUACGAUUUAUCCUAAAGAUGUUCAUUCAUUUUUUAAAUCUUUUAAACUGAAACAACCAUCGAACUACACUAAUUCGUUGGAAGAAUUUAUUAUCCAUGAAAAAUACGGUUCUCUUAAACAAUUGGAAAUAAAUUUUUUCGAAGAGUGUUUAAAACAAAACCGUGUUCUAUACAUUUGGGAUGCACUAGAUGAAAUUGUAAACGAAUAUUUAGAUAGUGUUUUAGAUAUAAUACUUCAACUGUCAAAAAGCGGUUUCGUUCAGUGGAUAACCAGUAGACGACAUCUGCAAACAUUUUUAGAAAAAAAAUUGAACGUACUCUCACAUAGCUUAACACAAUUUAACGAAACAGAGCAACAAGUUUACAUAAAACAACGACUUGACUCUGUCAGUUCUAUAAGUGAAAUUGAACUAACGAUUCAGAAAAUUAAAUCUACAUUUGCAAUUAUUGAACAUGUUGACAUAUUAGGAAUUCCGUUGCAAAUAUUUAUGGUCACGGAACUAUUUCGUCAAAAUAAUGAAAAAUAUUUGCAACGUUUAGACAACACAUUCCUUUUAACUGAUUUAUACCGCAGUUUCAUCGAAGAAAAAUUUAACAUAUUUUACGAAAAUAAAAUUGCUUAUGAUCUUCAGAAUCCUCACCUGAAAAUUAGAAUUGAUAAAGAAAAGGAAACAAUGUUAAAGCACUACGAAAUACUUGCGUUAAAACUAAUAUAUCCCGAGUUUGUACUAAAACAGUUAAAUAUUAGCUAUCAAGAAUCGAUAAAAAAUUUUUCAAAUGAGAACUAUGCCUUCGUUGGUAUCAUAACUGAAAUACAAAAUAACGUUCCACAGUUCCUUCAUGGAUCCUUUGCGGAAUAUUUGGUUGCCAUAUACUUAUCGAAAAAUUUGAAAAAUAUACCGAUUGAUAUAUUUUUUGAUCAAAAGUAUAAUAACGUACGGUUUUUCUUCGAUAUGUUGUUAGCAGAAAAUUCGCCUGCUCAUGUCGCGGUGUUGUACAAAAAUUUUGAUUUGUUUAAAACUUACGAUGAUGAGAUAUUAACACGCAAAGAUAAGGGCGGAAGAAGUGCUUUACAUUUGAUUUGCUCAUGGGGACAAAGGCAUCCGCGUACAAAAAUAAUCCGCGUAAAUAACACAUUCGUUGUUGUAGAGGUUAGCGGUUUUAAUGGUAAACCGGAAACUAAAGAAUUUCUUGAAGCAGUGACAUAUUUACAAAAUAAAAACAAUAAUUCAGAACAUGAUUCUCUAUUAGGUUUAACGCCCUUGUUAUAUACUAGAAAAACUGAAAGUUUGGCGGUCGAAUUAAAAUUACUAUUAAGCGAAAAUACAGAAUAUCUUCAAUCAAUUACUUGUAAUGAUAGAAUAAACAUUUUGUAUUACUCUACCCUACUUGCAUAUGACGACGUCAUUGAAGUGUUUAGUUCUCAAAAAUUAGGUAACAUCAGUCACCAUGAAGCUAAUUUUAUCACAAUAGCUAAUCGUAAAAGUCCUCUCAUCUUGGCAUCUGAGGGUGGACACAAAAAAAUUAUUAAACAUUUAGUGAAAUCAGGAUCCGAAAUAAAUCACGCAAAUAACGAUGGCUUUACACCGCUUUACGUAGCUUCACACAAUGGCCACUUAGAAACUGUCAAGUAUUUAGUGCAAUCCGGAGCCGAAAUAGAUCGUCCCACGAAUACAGGUGCCACACCGCUUGGCGUAGCUUCUCAAAAAGGUAACGAAUUAAUAGUUGAAUUCUUGGUGAAAUCAGGCGCCGACAUCAAUUGCGCUGAUAAAAACGGUUGUACCGCGCUUCACGAUGCUUUAUUUGACGGCUUUGACAAAAUUGUGGAAUGCUUAGUGAAAUCAGGAGCUAAAGUAAAUCGCGCAGAUAAUGAUGGCUUUACACCACUUUACGUAGCUUCACAAAAUGGCCGCUUAGAAACUGUCAAGUAUUUAGUGCAAUCCGGAGCCGAAAUAGAUCGUCCCAUGAAUACAGGUGCUACACCACUUUUCAUAGCUUCUGAAAAAGGUCACGAAUUAAUAGUUGAAUUCUUGGUGAAAUCAGGCGCUGACAUCAAUUGCGCUGAUAAAAUCGGUUUUACCGCGCUUCACAACGCUUCCUUUAGCGGUCACGAAAAAAUUGUGGAAUACUUAGUGAAAUCAGGAGCUAAAAUAAAUCGCGCAAAUAAUGAUGGCUUUACACCGCUUCACAUAGCUUCAUACAAUGACCACCUAGAAACUGUCAAGUAUUUAGUGCAAUCCGGAGCCGAAAUAGACCGUUCCAUGAAUGAAGGGGUCACACCGCUUCACAUAGCUUCUGAAAUAGGUCACGAAUUAAUAGUUGAAUUCUUGGUGAAAUCAGGUGCCGACAUCAAUUGCGCUAAUAAAAACGGUUUUACAGCGCUUCGCAACGCUUCCUUUAACGGCCACGAAAAAAUUGUGGAAUACUUAGUGAAAUCAGGAGCUAAAAUAAACCGGGCAGAUAAUGAUGGAUUUACACCGCUUUACUUAGCUUCACAAAAUGGCCACUUAGAAACUGUCAAGUAUUUAGUGCAAUCCGGACCCGAAAUAGACCGUUCCAUGAAUGAAGGGGUCACACCGCUUCACAUAGCUUCUGAAAGAAGUCACGAAUUCAUAGUUGAAUUUUUGGUGAAAUCAGGCGCCAACAUCAAUCGCGCUGAUAAAAACGGUUUUACCGCGCUUCACAACGCUUCCUUUAACGGCCACGAAAAAAUUGUGGAAUACUUAGUGAAAUCAGGAGCUAAAAUAAAUCGCGCAGAUAAUGAUGGCUUUACACCGCUUUACGUAGCUUCACAAAAUGGCCAUUUAGAAACGGUCAAGUAUUUAGUGCAAUCCGGAGCCGAAAUAGAUCGUCCCACGAAUACAGGUGCCACAUCGCUUGGCGUAGUUUCUCAAAAUGGUCACGAAUUAAUAGUUGAAUUCUUGGUGAAAUCAGGCGCCGACAUCAAUUGCGCUGAUAAAAACGGUUUUACCGCACUUCGCACCGCUUCCUUUAAUGGCCACGAAAAAAUUGUGGAAUACUUAGUGAAAUCAGGAGCUAAAAUAAAUCGCGCAGAUAAUGAUGGCUUUACACCACUUUACUUAGCUUCACACAAUGGCCACUUAGAAACUGUCAAGUAUUUAGUGCAAUCCGGAGCCGAAAUAGAUCGUCCCACGAAUACAGGUGCCACACCGCUUGGCGUAGCUUCUCAAAAAGGUAACGAAUUAAUAGUUGAAUUCUUGGUGAAAUCAGGCGCCGACAUCAAUUGCGCUAAAAAAAAUGGUUUUACCGCGCUUUGCCACGCUUCCUUUAACGGCCACGAAAAAAUUGUGGAAUACUUGGUGAAAUCAGGAGCAAAAAUAAAUCUCGCAGAUAAUGAUGGCUUUACACCACUUUACUUAGCUUCACACAAUGGCCACUUAGAAACUGUCAAGUAUUUAGUGAAAUUCGGAGCCGAAAUAGAUCGUGCCACGAAUACAGGUACCACACCACUUAGCGUAGCUUCUGAAAAUGGUCACGAAUUCAUAGUUGAAUUUUUGGUGAAAUCAGGCGCCGACAUCAAUUGCGCUGAUAAAAACGGUUUUACCGCACUUCGCAACGUUUCCUUUAACGGCCACGAAAAAAUUGUGGAAUAUUUAGUGAAAUCAGGAGCCAAAAUAAAUCGGGCAGAUAAUGAUGGCUUUACACCGCUUUACUUAGCUUCACAAAAUGGCCACUUAGAAACUGUCAAGUAUUUAGUGCAAUCCGGAGCCGAAAUAGAUCGUCGCAUGAAUAUAGGUGCUACACCACUUUACAUAGCCUCUGCAAAAGGUCACGAAUUAGUAGUUGAAUUGUUGGUGAAAUCAGGCGCCGACAUCAAUUCCGCUGAUAAAAACUGUUUUACAUCGCUUCGCAACGCUUCUCUUAACGGCCACGAAAAAAUUGUGGAAUACUUGGUGAAAUCAGGAGCUAAAAUAAAUCGCGCAGAUAAUGAUGGCUUUACACCGCUUUACGUAGCUUCACAAAAUGGCCACUUAGGAACUGUCAAGUAUUUAGUGCAAUCCGGAGCCGAAAUAAAUCGUCCCACGAAUACAGGUACCACACCACUUAGCGUAGCUUCUGAAAAUGGUCACGAAUUAAUCGUUGAAUUCUUGGUGAAAUCAGACGCCGACAUCAAUCGCGCUGAUAAAAACGGUUUUACUGCGCUUCGCCUCGCUUGUUUUAACGGCCACGACAAAAUUGUGGAACGUUUAGUGAAAUCAGGGGCUGAAAUAAAUCGCCCAGAUAAUGACGGCUUAACACCGCUUGACGUUGCGUCUCAAAAACGCCACGAAAUAAUUGCUGAAUUCUUAGUGAAAUCAGGCUCUGAAAUAAAUCCAGCUAAAAACAAUAUCUGGCCACAGGAAAAAGAUUAAAUUUUUGGUGAAAGGGGGAAAUACAGUUGUUUAAAAAAGGGGAUUCCAGAUGUGAUAUUUUAUAGCUCAUACUUAAUGAAAAAAAUGUCCUAAUACAAAUUGUUGUGGGUUCUUUUAUGAAAAUAAUAUAUCGGCAGCUUCACGAAUGUUUAUUAAUGUGAACGAAGACAGUACAGAAUUGGUAUCCUCUAAAAGAUGAUAUGCGCUUAUAUAUACUUGGAUGGUUUGGUGAUAAUGAAAGAUGACCAAUGAGGGGUGGAUGAUAACAGGAUGAUUCUUAAAACUAAUGGGUUGACAUUACACCUCUAUCCCUAAAAAAGGAUUCAACUUAAGAAGUUGAAAAGUUGAAUCUUACAGUUAUGAUUACAUAUUAUUUUUAUUAUGUAGGUGUUAUUGUAAUAAUUUUUUUUUUUUUUUUUUAAACGACCGCAUUCGUCCUCCUCUGCGCAACGCGUGCGGAUCGUCGAGGUGCGAAAAUGUUGCCGUGUUCGGCCGGUGGUACGUUUUCGGCCGGUGGUGCGUCUUCCAGAACAUCCUGAGAUGUAGAUGCCAUGUAGUGUGCUUCUGCCUCCUCCUCUGGACUUGAUGUCUCUAGCGGGGCCAAUGCUAGAAAUUGCCUCGGCCUUGUGGGGGGCGGCAAGCGUCUUCUUCUUCGCACGACACGAUGUACUAGAAUGAGUACACCAACGAAGAUUACGGUAGAAGCAACGACAUAGCCAAUGAUAGAAGUAUGUCUUAGGGUCGUCGCGUGUCUCUGGGCUUCCUCUUCCUUGAGGACUUCCAUUUCUAGGUGGUCGAGGUUAUGGUUGGCAGCACCUAUAUCUUGGAUAAAGUUGUCAUAUGCCUUCAUCCCAAUAGACGGAUGUCGUAGCUUUGUCGAAUUCAAUUUUUUCAGCAGUAUUUGGCUACAACAAAUCGUUGAGAAGUUUAAUGUGGGUACAAGUGAAGCUGGACUCGUCUGGUUCUGGAUGCUGGCUUGUGUAUUGAGAGUACCGGACUUUGCGUACCCCCUGCAGUUAUUCGCAAUUGUUAUACUCCCUGUACCAUUAAUUUUCACGUCAAAUGGCGUCAUAUGUAUACAUGAGAUGAUAACUGUGUCCACCAUCGACGUCACAAAGGCCCAAGAGUUGAAUUAACAUUUCAUCACCACUAAAUGCAGAUGUUCAGAAUAAAGUAAUUUUCUACAGAUUCUACCAGAAAAUUGAAUUUUUCAUCACAGCUUUGGCAUCAAACAAAGUAUACAGUCAAGAACAAUGACGUAUUUCGUUCUCAAAACAACGAACGGGGCGAGAUUCUAAAACUCAACAUACCCUUUAUAUUGGAAAUAUAGUGUGAAAACUCUCAAGAACGGACCUUAUCCUAAGCGAUCAUGAAGUCCAGAGUGGAGAUAACAUAAGAGACUUAAUUCUGUCACCGAAGAAUAAAAGGGGUGUUAAGCAUCGUUGCAGUUUCACCGGCAUAAGCUCAACUGUGGUGAUUAUUCUUUAAACAAGAACAAUUCGUAAAGCGGGAAUUUAUGUGAGAAAAGUCAAACUCUUACCAAAUAAAGAAGAUCAUGUUUUCGUGGAGCUCCUGACUAUCAUCUAACCAGACGGAGAAUUCAUGAAAAUUACAUUCUGAAGCGAAAACUGGCAAGCAUCUAUCGACAGUUACUUUCAUAAUUCAAGUUUCAAAAAGUGGCUUAUUGUCAUAUGCAUACAUAUAACUAAGAAUUACUUCUAACUAAUUUGUUUUAUUUACAUAAUAUAAAUAUAUUUUUGCAAACUCAUUAAA